UAGGUACGCAGGUCAGCGUUGCAAGUUGUACGGUCAACUGGUCAGUCGGUUACAAAUGUUUCCAGUAUGUCCAGUUUCCAGUUUUUCCCGUGAAUACGCCAUUCGAGCGCCGUUAAAUUGCUGAAGGAUGACUUGAAAUACACCACAAAAACUGCAUCGACUGUUAUGGCAGAAAACGUUAAAGUUAUAGUAAGAUGUCGGCCUAUGAACAAAACAGAAACCCAACUCAAUUGCAAGUGCGUCGUAACCACCCGAGACUGCGCCGUGGAAAUAUGGGACCCCAACGAGGGGCCCUCCUAUCCCAAGGGCUUCACCUUCGACUCGACCUACGACCAAGACUCCACCACGGAGGUCAUCUACAAUGACAUCUGCUACCCCCUCAUAGAGAGCGUCCUCGAAGGCUACAACGCCACGAUAUUCGUCUACGGCCAAACCGGCUGCGGCAAGUCCUUCACCAUGGAGGGCGCCAAGUCGGACGGGCCCCAAAAGGGCGUCAUCUCGCGGACCUUCGAGCACAUCUUCGAGGCCAUAUCCGUCACCACGGGCGUUAAAUACCUGGCUCUAGUCAGCUACCUCGAGAUAUACAACGAGCAAAUUAGAGAUUUGCUACUGCCAAAUGAAAAGUCCAUAUCGCAUUUAGCAUUGAAAGAGACGCCUAAUGAAGGUGUCACGGUACCGGGAUUGUCGGUGUUGCCGGUGCACAACGCGCAGGAAUGCGAACACCUGCUGAACGUCGGCUCGAAGAACCGGAUGAUCGGCGCGACGCUCAUGAACCAGAACAGCUCUCGUUCUCACAGCAUAUUCUCGAUCAGCAUCGAGCAGAUCAGCAACGUGAACAACAACGAGAGCAUCAGGAAAGGUAAACUGAAUUUGGUGGACCUGGCGGGGUCCGAAAGGCAGACGAAAACCGGAGCGACGGGAGAAAGGCUGAAGGAGGCCACCAAGAUCAAUUUGUCACUAAGUGCCCUUGGGAACGUCAUUUCCGCUUUAGUAGACGGAAAGGCGAAACAUAUUCCUUACAGAGACUCCAAACUGACACGUUUACUACAGGACUCCUUGGGAGGGAAUACCAGAACUCUAAUGAUAGCUUGCAUUAGCCCUUCGAGUCGAGAUUACAUCGAAACAUUAUCAACUCUGAGAUACGCGAACAGAGCGAAAAAUAUCCACAACAAACCAAUCGUCAACGAAGACCCCAAAGACACGAUCCUCCGCCAGUACCAAGAGGAAAUAGCGCGGCUCAAGAACCUACUGGGAACCAAGCAAAUCGACGACAUACAAGUGGAGGAUCUGACGAUGGUGCCGGAGGAAGAGCUGCACCAGCCCGCGCCCGUCGACGACCUGGACACCAAGAGAGACGACCUGCUGCUGCAGUACCAGCGCGAAACGGAGAAGCUGCGGCACCUCCACGAGAACGAGAAAAUCGAGAAGGAGAACGUCCUGCGGCAGAUGCGGGCCAUCAAGGCGGAGUACGACGAGAACAUCAGGAAGCUGAACGUGGAGAUCGGCAAGAAGCAGGGCAGCUGGUCGGAGGAGGAGAUCCUGCGCAGGAUCGAGGCGUUGAAAGCCGCGAUGAUCGGCGGGGAGAAGGCCAACGAUAAGGAGCUGUCGGAGAGGCGGAAGAAAAAGAAGCAAGCCGCGGAGGAAAGGGCCAGCGUGAUCGCCCGGUUGCUGGCCAAGAUGGACAUGAACGAAGACAGGGAGCUGCUCCACAACCAAUACAAGGACAUUAGCCAAGAGCUCAUGCUGAAGGCGGAGGCGCUGCGGAGGUACAAGCACAGGGUGAAGAUUCUCGAAAAGGAGAUCUUAGAUAUACAGGGCGAGUUCGAAACCGAGCGGCAGGAUUAUUUGGAAACCAUAAGGAAGCACGAAAGAGGCAUCGCUUUGUUGACACAAAUCUCCGAGAAACUCGUGGGGACUUUGAAAAAAGAAUGCAAUUAUUGCGACCUGGAAGGUAUAAAGAAGCAGGCGAUUUGGUUGGAGGACUUCCAGAAGUACAAGCUUCCGGACCUGGUGGUGCCGCGCACGAAGCUUCCCCCGGCCGGCCGGCCGUGCGACAUUCAAACAGCGCCGGGCCGCUUAGAAGGCGAGGAAGAGCAAAUCAAAACCGCCGAAAAAAAUAUCACCCGGCCGUUUUACGAGAACGAUAUUGACAGAGAAGACAUUAUCGGGAGCUACUUUCAACCGACGACGAAAAGAGCGCACGAAUUGCUCAGACAAUCAGCUAAAUUGGAUCCCGGUUUAGUGAUCGAAAAGUGGAAAGGCCGAAAUGGCCACAACCACAUUUCAGAUUUCAUCAGAAGAAACAAGAGUACGGAGAACUUCAACGGGCGCGUGUCUCCGGUUAAUAACCAUCCGGCUACAGACGAUGCUAUCAGAGCGAAUCAUUUGUACAUGAACGGGCGCUCUUCGAACAACGACUACAAUUCGAGAAAACCAUUACGACUUGAAGCGUUGCCAAACAUUGCGAAACACCAUUUUCCAGGGCACCUAAAUAAAAUGGAAUUUUUGUAAAUACAUAUUAUAUCACAAUGUGUGAUAAGCUCGGUUGUGGUUGAUCAUACGAAAUUUCGAAAAAAAUCAUUAAAUGCUAUAUAAAAUAAUUUUUAAUAAGG